AUGUCAUCAUACUCAUCACUAGCCAACGAAAUUAUCCACUUAGACGAUCAAUAUCUUUCCUCCGAUCUUUCUCAGCAGUUAAUUGAUUAUGCUCAAACAAUUGAUGAAGAAAGUUUAGUGUUUGAUUUUUCUGAAAAUUCAUAUGCCUUCCCUAAGAAGUUGGUGUUGAUUAUGACUCAAGUCUUGAAAGAAUUUAAUUCCGAUGCUGUUUCUAGUAUUGCUCAAUAUUUUGUGAUUGCUUUGGGGACAAUUAGUGAUUCAUACAAAUUGACAGGAUUAAAUUUAAAUAAUAACGAUGUAGUAGAAUUGGUCAAGAUAACCAUGUCAGGGUUAAAUGAUGACGAAAAAUCGGACGAAAUUAGAUAUUUAUUACUUUCUCUUUUAGUUUGUCUAUUCACUGUUAAAUUUGGAGGUUUUCAUCCAGACCAAUAUAGAAGAAAUUUGAAAACUUUACAAUCACAAAUUAAUGAUAACGUCUUGUCAGCCAUUUUCCCACAUGUUAGCACAUUAAUGACUAUUGUUGAUAAUGAAGCAGUUUCUGCACCAGUUGUAAACUUGAUUGUUGGUAUCAGUAAUUUAUUAUCAGUUGAAAAAAGAGAACAAUUCAUUGAGCUAAUCACAGAGGAUUAUGAUUCAUCUAAGAAUUUCACUGAUAAGUUUUUGAGACAUAUCAAUUGCCUUGAGGUUGAUAUUCAUAAUUCAUACAUGUUCAUUCUUUCAGCUAUUGAUUUACAAAAUAAGAGAAGUGAUAUUAAUCUCUUUUUGACAAAUGAUGUUAAUUUUCUUGUUGAUAUUCUUUUGAGAGAGGAAGAAAAGUGGGCAGGUUCCUUAUACGCACAAGAUGAAAAGGAUUUAAAGACACCAAAUGUUUUGGGAAUGUAUGAAACAAGAAUGGAAAAUAUGAAAGCACUUACUGCUAUUACAAAGAGCAAGAUUUAUUUAGAAGAAAAAGUAACAACUGAUGUGCACAGAAAGGAUGACAUUGCAAAUCUUAUGAGAAAAGUUCUUAAUGAAAGAGAGCCAAGUAAUGCACCUCCUAUCUUCUUUUCUCUUAAAGAACAAGCUUUGGAAGUUCUUGAUAACACAGAAUUUAUUAAAUAA